UGAAUCUGGUAUUGGCGUACGUCAACUUUACUGUUUGAACCGUUGUGUCGCUAUAAGUCAAAACAGCUGAUUAACCAAAACGUAAACAUAAACAAAGAGUUACUGCAGAAGCGUAGGGUACUUCAUUGUGUAACGUUGUAACGGAAAUUAUGUGAUUUCCUUUCGGAUUAUUCUACGAAUGCAAUAUCAAUGUUAACGUAAGGGAAUGCAGACAAUUUAAAAAAAAUAUUUUUAAGUUUAGAGGUAUCUUAAAUCUUUUCUUUUCUAAAGUGGACCAAUAUUUUACGCUUUUUUACGCUGUACGAUAAAUACACAGUCUACAUUACAACUAGCUCCUAGUUACAGACUUUAUUGCGUGCUAUGUGUAAACAACAUAGUCUCUGCGUAUUUAUCGUACAGCGCAAAAUAGUGGUGAUGAUAAAACGUUGUAAAUAUACUACAUUUUUAUACUGGAUGAGCCGCUAAAAUACUAUUUAUACUAUGCCUGGUAGCAAAAGUAACAGAGCAUUACUCCCAUAUGCAAAGAUACUAAUCUAAAACGUAUUAUUUUGUAAGUUUAAUUAUUAACAAGCAUUAUGGAUGAAGGAGGAGAUGAGAGUAUAGAACCUUCUAGUUCGGAACAAACUGAUGGUGCAACUGCAUCGUCAGUAUCUGCACAGAAACGUCACAAAUGGACAAGAUUGUUGCUUCACGCAUCUAUUAUGUGUGGAAGGGAGUUUCUGUACGCAGUUGAAAUUGUUUUGGUCACUCCAAUUAUAUUGCAGCUCGGGAUGCCAGAAAAAUACUACAGUUUAAUGUGGAUGUUCAGUCCAGUGCUUGGGAUCCUGAUUGGUCCAAUUAUGGGUUCCCAUAGCGACCGAUGCAAGUCACGUUUUGGUAGAAGAAGACCUUAUAUAACUGCACUUGUCAUUGGAGCUCUUAUUGGUCUAACUUUGCUUAUCUUUAGCAAAGACAUUGCUUCAAGUCUUGGUGGAGAAAAUGUUGAAAGUCGUCGAGUAUGGGGUGUUGUGGUUGGGGUGGUGGGAGCGCAAAUUAUGGACUUCUGUUUAGACCAAGCAGAGACACCACUGCGUGCUUAUACGCUGGAUGUUUGUACUUUACCUGAUCAACAAAGAGCGGUUGCAAUGCAAACUUUCUUUAUAGGUCUCGGUGGAGCCUUAGGUUUCAUUAUCGAUGGCAUUGAUUGGGAAAAAACUGCUAUUUCCAAACUCUUUGGUUCUCAGAUUAAAGUUGUUUAUAUGUUCGCUGUGGUCACUUAUAUUCUUACCACAAUAUGCAAUCUGUGUAGUAUUAAGGAAACUCCAUGGCACAAGAGAUCUAAACCAUCAUCAUCAAAAUGUAUCAUUCCAUCCCAGUUACCACCAGAGAAAUCAAAUGCAAAUGACAAAUUGGAAGAGGAAGGAAAUAGUUUGUUGGGGAAGGAAAACAAUACCGAUCCAAUCAGUGUGAAUGUUGAAGUGCAUGGUACAGGUAGCCAUCAUGGUACAAACAAUCAUAGUGCAGAUCCACCAAACUCUCGACCAAUCACUUUAUUCCCGAGGAUAUCUAUGAGUAAAGGUCUCUUUAUUUCAAUGUCAUGUCCGAGUGGUUUAAACGAACCUUUGCAAAAUGAUGAAUCAUUAUCAUCGUUAACAACGAGCGACUCAGCAUGUGAUGAUGACAUCACAACUACAAGUGAAGAAGCAAAUGCCGAUGAUUUCUCGUUUUCAGUUCCCAACUUAAAUGUAAAGAACCAGAAGAAUAAUGGAUUGUUAGAUUAUGUAAGAAGCAAACAAUUUCUAAACGCAACUUCGAACAAUCUCGAAAAUCGACAAAGUUGGACACAUGGUGUCACCGAAGUGCAAAACUCGAUUGUUAUAAGCGACAAACUAAAAUCAAACACUGAGAACGAAGGUUUGAAAACGAAUAAAAUAUCAAGUGAAUCAAAUAAUAACAGAACUAAACCGGACAAGCCCUGUAACAGUGAGAAUGGAAAUAUACAAAAAACAUUCACAACGUCUAACGGUAAAGAUGUUGUUAGAAAAUUGGAUUAUUGUGAAGAAAAAGGGAAAACGAAACUUACUGAAGAAAAAGAUAUUUUAAAAAAGAGAGAAAAUGGAAAAAACAAAAAGAAAGAAGUUGAUGAUGACAACCCAGUUUCAUUUAAGCAACUAUGGUUGUCAAUAGUAACCAUGCCUUCUUCAUUACGUUGGUUAUGUUUAGCACAAUUACUUGGUUUUAUUGGAAUGGAAACCGUGUUUCUGUGGUAUACUGAUAUGAUGGGUAGAGAAGUGUAUAAAGGUGACCCACAGGCAAGUGAAAAUUCUACUGAAUUAAAAUUAUACAACGAUGGUGUUAAGAUGGGAUGUUGGGGUCUAGCUAUUGAUUCAAUUGCAAUGGUGGUGUUUUCAGUUGCGAUGGAGAGAGGAACCCUCUUGAACAAAAUACGACUCCGCAAAUUAUAUUCAGGAGGUUUUCUUCUCAUGUUUAUCACGGGACUGCUCAUGUUUUUUUUCACGAACCAAAUCGUGAUCUUAUCCCUGAGUUGGUGCAUUGGUGUGACGUUUGCCAUCAUGCUUACUGUGCCAUAUGUUCUGGUUGGGAAAUAUCAUCAAAACAAACAGUACACGAUGCUUAGUCCCGGUAAGUCAAAACGAGGUUUUGGACUUGAUUGUGCAAUAUUAGCUUGUCAGAUGUACGUUGGUAAUGUUGGAGCAUCAGCGAUAUCAAGCCCUAUAAUUCAUUUAUUUGGCACUGUGAAAGCAAUGUUGCUGAUAAUGUCAAUUUGUCACAUUCUAGCGUUUAUUGUUGCGUAUUUCUUUGUUUUAUAUCCUGGUGAAGUAACGCUCUGUUGCAAAAAAGAAGAUGUAGCUUAGCAAAUGUUUUUAUUCGUUUAAUAUGCAAUUUCUUGUUUCUUUCUAUGUUCCAAUACCUAUGGAUGCAAAGUAUAGUAAGCAGUAUUGUUUCAUCCUAUAUACUCUGUAUACACAAUUUAGGUUUUAAAACACCUAAGCAGAGUGCCUAUUAGAAGCAUUUUAACAAUAUUUCUUAGAGAUUAUUGUUUUUAUAGAAAUGCUUUAGUUAAAACUUGCCAUUCUUCUACACUUUCCAUUAAUCUUGCUUCUUCCAUGAUUAUUGACUGUGAAAUGUUAUUAAAAAUACUUGUACACAUUUUCUAACUAACUUCAGGGUUCUGAAUAUACAUUGUUUGUUACUUCACCCAGUUGAAUGCACGGAAAUUCACUGUUCUGUCCGAAUGUAUUAUUCUCCUAAUGUUAUGUCUAUAUGUAUGUUACUAGUACUAAGACACUACCUUUUGUGAAAUACCAUUCUGUGCUUUAUGUUUUAACCUUUCCAUGCAGUACUAGCAAACAAAGAAAGGUAAAUAUACGUCUUUCAUACUUAAACUGUUAAAGUGUUAAUGUUCUUGUACCACUCGUUUUAUUUUGUUCAUCAAAAAACUUGCCACUUUGAAAAUAAAAUAUAUUUAACACAUG